GCCGCCCUGCCUCGCCAACCGGACCAGCGCCGGCAGCGCCUGCGUGGGGCAAGUGGGGCAGCUCUUCCAGUCCUUCUCGUCCGCGCUGGUGCUGGUCGUGCUGGUCGCCCUCAUCCUCGGCCUCAUGCUCCUCUCGCUCGCCACCUUCCACGUUCACAAGCGCAGGAUGAAGAAGCGGAAGAUGCAGAGGGCGCAGGAGGAGUACGAGCGGGACCACUGCAGCAGCCGGGGCCCGCAGCCCGGGGCCGGGGCCGGGAAGCCCCCCGGGAGAGAUGCCCGCCUGGGCCGAGCCCCGCAGGACUCGGGCGCCGCCCGGCCCCGCUUGGACACGGCGGGCGCGGGACUCCUGCAAAGCGUGGUGCUGUCCUGAUGGCCCGGGCCCGGCCGGGGCUGGACGGAUCUGGGUCGGGCUCAUGCUGAUGAUUCCUCCCCCGGGCUGCUGAGCCCCCCCUGCCCUCCCGCAGCCCCCCACCAGACCAGCCCAACCCAGCCCAGCGCCUGCCACAUCGCUGCGCCUCCUUGCCUGGGCGAGCAGGGCCAGAUGUGCCUGCUGGACCGAGCCCUGGCUGCCCCCUUCCAUGUAUAUAGCGAUGGGGGUUCAGAGACCCCCACCCCAGGCUCUCCAUUGCGGCUUGCAUAUAAACUGCCUGGCCCAGGCAGAGCAAGGUGGGGGGGGGAGGGAGGAGAGGAGCCCCUCCGGGUGCUUUUGAGGCUGGCCCCUCCCCUCCCCUCCCAUUGCAGGACCCCCGCCUAGCUGCUGCCUCCCCGCUGUGUGGGCUCCCCACCUCCCUCCCUCCCUCCCGUUGGCCGACUGGACCUCAGCCCAGCUACACACGGGCUGUUUUGGCUCGGACCCCGUCCCCUGCUCUGAGCCUGCUGUUCUCUCCAUCGCGGCUGCCAGCUUGCCCCAGCCCAGCCAUGGGUGCAGCUGGGCCUCCAGCCCUCCCUCCUCUUGGUCCUGAGGCGAAAGGCAGUGCUGACACCCUGGACUGCCGGCUCUCCCCAGUCCCCCACCCUGGCACAUGGCUCCAGCAGCAGCACAGAGCCGGCUUCUACUUUUUUACAGGCAUUUUUAACCCUCUUCACCUGUGGCAGGCAGCUGUGAACAGAAGGCAUAGGCAUUUCCUUCCCCUCCUUGGGUACAGAGCCCCCCCCCCAGCAGCUUGCUGCUAAAUCCUGGUCUGGGGCAACUCUUCCAUGGAGCCUCCACAGGUCUCUGGGUGGACAAGUGGCUGCUUGCUCCUCUGUGCUGUGGGGGUAUCUCUAAAGCGAUGUUAGUUACAGGCAAUGCAGCUUGGGUGGAAUAAGUAAAUCAAUCCCCAUUCUUCUGCAAACCGUGCCUUAGCAGGGUGGCCACUUUAAACUUUGAAACCUUUCCUGCUGGUCUUACAGCAGAGGCGAUGCUCUUCUGUGCAUGUUCAUGAACCGUAAACACAAUAGAGAGGAAUCAUCUGAAGAAGGAGAGCGAUCUAUAUUUCCCUUUAGGCACACAUUGCAAGCAAAUCCUAACUGGAUGUCAUUCCCAAGGGUUUUUAAUCUGUGCUCUCUACAGGCUUUCUCCUUCCUCACACCCUCCAGGUCCUGAUGAAAGGGAUGGCUGUUAUGUUUUCCAAAAGCGUGGACAUCUCCAGUGUGAAAGGUAGCAGGUUGGAAUAAAUAGCCGACCCUGUUAAAGAUCGUUCCAUACAUUUAAGGAAGGGGCAAUAUGGCCUUGAGACGGGACCAUGCACGGUUCUGGAAAUGUUGCAAGAUAGCUCCAAAAUGUGGGGUUCUGGUCUGGUCUCUUUUCCACAUUUUUCCCUUUACUGCCUCAGCUGAUCAGAUGGGGGCAUUGCUGUUGAGCUAGAAUCUAUUAUGUCUCCAGCCUUGGAGGCAAGUGCUCCAUCAUGCAACUAAAGGAGCUGCUCCAUCAGCUCAGGUUAGCGUGGCAACAUUUACCUAGUAGUGAAGGAUGUUUUUUUACGUGGCAGUUUGAUGCGGGUGUUGUGAGUCUCAACACCAAGAGAUAUGAUUCUAACAACUGUCAGGUUGUCUGUAAGAAAGGAGAAAAUCUGUUUUUCAAUGCAGGGUGCAUGAACUUUUCUGUUUAACCCCCUUACACAACUGCAGCGCAUUAUUGCACCACCAGGGAAUGGAUUUAGGAUGCUGACGUGUGUUCAGGGAGCAGCAAUGCUGCCUAAGUGUUGAUUUACAUUGAAUAUAGAGAGAAGGUUUUCCUCUUUAUUUUGUGCCUUUCUUUAAUAGUGUAUAAUUUCCAGUUUUAUAAAGGCAGUAAGAUGUUCCACCUUGCUUGAGUGCAUUUCUGGUUGAUGAUUCUAUU